AUUGUGACUGGCUGACAAACAUCGUUUCUCAGGAGUGGAAUCUAGCUGCUGAUGAGGCUUCACCACUGAGACGUGAGAAACAACGAUGGGUUUGAGAGAAGCAGCGAGUUGCUUUGUCAUCUUCCUUCUUUCUGUGUCAGUGGUGCAGGGUGUGGAUCCCUGGGGAGUGAGGUACACUCCCACUCAGAUCUGUGCUGUAAAAGGAUCGAAGGUGCAAAUACGCUGCUCCUACUGGCACCCAUCCAGAAUAGAUGACCAUGAUGUUGCAGUGGAGAAAACGUUCUGGUUUACUAAAGUGCAGGAUGGUGAACCUGUGGAUCUGAGAUCAGCCUCUGAGUACACAGGUCGUGUGAAGUAUGACUGUGGAAACAAGGCCUGCACUCUGACCAUCACAGACCUGAGAGAGAGAGACUCUGAUCUGUACCAGUUCAGGUUCACAACCAACCAACCUACUGGGAGAUUUACUGGUUCCACUGGAGUCACUCUGUCUGUCACAGGUGUCAUGGCGCACAUCCCAAAAUCAUCAGGUUGCUGGUGGUCUGACUGUUCAAAGUCACGUGUGGUGUGUCAAACCAGUUGUUUUCCAACUCCCAGUUCGUCCUACAUCUGGUACAAGAACGGACAAAAGACAUGGGAACAAACAUUUUAUAGCGCCUACUUUGAAUCAAGAGACAGUAUUUCCUGUGCUGUGAGAGGCCACGAGGAUUUCCCCUCUGCUCCAGUGUGUGUCCAUGGAAAUUCAUGCAACAGAGUGAAUUACAUGGACAGGAACAUCUGUGCCUUUAAAGGCUCCUCAGUGGACAUCUCUUGCAGUUACAACAGUCACUCUGAUCCUAUCACAUCUAAGUCCUGGUUCGUUGCUGAGCGUGAGGAUGUGCAGCUGCAUCGUCCUCAAGCUGUGGACUUACUCAAAGACCCAGAGUUCACACAUCGUGUUCAGGUUCUUGAUUCAUGGCGAGGGCGCUCCACUCUGAGAAUAAAGAACCUGAGACUGAGCGAUUCAGCCCAGUAUCGCUUCACAUUCAAAUCACAGAGGUUUGAAUGGGAGAGAAGUUUCCCUGGCACAACUCUGACUGUCACAGAUGUUCAGGUGAUCUGUUCUCCGAUUGGUCCAACACUGACUUGUCACAGCAGCUGUCUUCUCUCUGGUCGUCCCUCCUUUGUCUGGUACAAGAAUGGAACAGCAGUUCACGGGGAAACGUCUCCAACUUUCAGGGGAUUCCUUCACCCUGAAAACAGCUAUUCCUGUGCUUAUGAGCAUCACCACUCGUCCCCUGUGUAUGCUCCGAAGGUUCCUUUAGUGCAGCUGAGUCAACCUGGAGACAUUCUGAAGGACAGCUCGGUGUCUCUGACCUGCAGCAGUGAUGCUAACCCACCCUCUGCAUACACCUGGUACAAGGAGAACCAGGCUUUGCUCAACAGAGCAGCUCAGCUGGUUUUCAGAUCCAUCAGGUCGUCAGACUCUGGAGAAUAUUACUGCACAGCUGAGAAUGAGCUGGGGAAGACAGUGUCUAAACGUGUCUUAAUAAAUGUGAAAUACGCUUUGUCAGUGAGUCCCUCUGGUGAGAUCAUGGAGGGCAGCUCGGUGACUCUGACCUGCAGCAGUGAUGCUAACCCGGCAGCUAACUACACCUGGUACAAGGAGAACCGAGCUCUGCUUCAAGGACCAGAGGGUGUUUAUCGUCUCUCCUCCAUCAGCUCUGGGGACAGCGGGGUCUACUCCUGCAAGUCUGAGAAUCAGUACGGACGGAUCAACUCCACGUCUCUACACUUAGACGUCCAGUAUGCUCCACAGUCCUCCUCUGUGUCAGUGAGUCCCUCUGGUGAGAUCAUGGAGGGCAGCUCAGUGACUCUGACCUGCAGCAGUGAUGCUAACCCAGCAGCUAACUACACCUGGUACAAGGAGAACCGAACUCUGCUUCAAGGACCAGAGGGUGUUUAUCGUCUCUCCUCCAUCAGCUCUGGGGACAGCGGGGUCUACUCCUGCAAGUCUGAGAAUCAGUACGGACGGAUCAACUCCACGUCUCUACACUUAGACGUCCAGUAUGCUCCAAAGCCUCCCUCUGUGUCAGUGAGUCCCACUGGUGACAUCAUGGAGGGCAGCUCAGUGACUCUGACCUGCAGCAGUGAUGCUAACCCAGCAGCUAACUACACCUGGUACAAGGAGGACGAGGACUCACCAACAGCAUCAGGACAAAUCUUCACCAUCACUGAUAUCACAGCUGAACAUGGUGGAAAGUAUCAGUGUGAGGCCCAGAACACACACGGACGUAGUAAGGCCACCUUACAUCUGACUGUUGGAGCAGGUGCUUGGAAAUCAGCAGUGACUGGAACAACCACAGCUCUUCUCCUGGUGGUCAUCCUCCUCACUGUCUUCCUGUGGAUCAGAAGAAACAAGUCCUUCACACAACAGCGUGAGUGUGGUGAGAGACCAGAAGACAGAGCGCAGAUUCCAGCUGCGGCACACACACGACCAGCAGAGCAGCACCAUGACGUCCACUACGCCAGCGUCUGCUUCACCCAGAACCGGGCAGAUGACCUCUACUCCAACAUAGGUCGAGUUCAACCCCAGAGAGGAACUGAGGAAGAGGAGGAGGAGGCUGAAUACAGCGCUGUUCGAUUUGACAGAGCAACAGGAACAAGACGUGAAGAAGAGGGGGACGAUUCAUCUGCAGUGUACAGCACAGUCACCAAACACUGAAGAAACACAACGUGAAUCUGUUGUUUAUAUGUGGAUUUUACAUUAUCACGGAACCAGAAGAAAUAAAACAUAUAGACAUGUGCAGUGUUUGUGAAGGUUUCUUUUCUUUCCUGAUGGGUUGGUUAACCCAGAUUACAAAUUCUCUCACUUCUCACUUUGGAAGCCACGAAAGUUAAAGGUAAGAAAGUUAUUCUUCUUCUCCCACAAGUGAAAAUAUUUCCCAGACUCAACCACAUGUAGAGUUAGCCUCAGGUUACGUAAUUCAAAUUUACAACAUCUAAUCUUCACUAAACUUCAUGUUUGAUAAUGAAUAUAAAGAUGGACAACAUGACGGCUACCCCCAAAGUGACGGCAAAUGAUAUCUGUCUCAUUUCUGGAGAGUGGGAGGAAGUGGAGACGUGUCGUCCAUCUUUGGUCGACUCUGCAUAAAAGACACAGAUCAUUUCCUCCAUAUUGACCAGUUUGCUCCAUUAUAAGAGCAACUUAUACAAGGUCCCUCAUGUUCCUCACCUCCAACAGUGUGUUUCUCCCUCACUCUGAAGUCUAAAGGGAACUUCACUGUGUUUUAUGUGAACUGAAAGUUUCCUCAUCUUGGCAUCGUCAUCAUCAUAAAAUGAAAACCUGCCGACUGGUGAUUCACCAGAGAAAAUACAUACAUACAUAACAAAAGUUAUUUUUAUAAAUGUAUAAGUUCAUCUUCUGAUUCUCUGAUGUGCUCUGUGUUACAGUGGUGAGGAUUCAGAUUGACUGGGGUGUGAGUUACACUUCUACUGAGAUCUGUGCCUUCAGAGGAUCAACAGUGGACAUUAACUGUACCUACACAACAUGAUAAUACAUUGCCCUUUUUUUUUGCUGUUACUCUCUGAACUAUGUUGGACGUCUUGGUGAUGAGCCUUUGAGGCUGUGGUAACACCAGGUGACUCAUUUCCUGUCUUAUACAUGAUAUUAAUGUGGUUAUUACAUGGAUAAUGAAUUAUUAUGUAUCAUGAUUUUAUGAUCCUUUCUUAAAUAAAUGUUUUUUGGUCUUUUGUUUUCA